AAUAAUACAUAUAUGCAUAUAUAAUUCAUUGUUCGUAUUCAUAUCAUCGGAAUUAAAAAAUGUUAUUUCGAUUGAGAAAAUGCGUAUACACACGAAUGCGACAACUUGUAAUGUUUCAUAUGCAUAAUAGCUCUCAAGUGAAAAUAAAAACAAUGUAUUACUGGACAGAAUCGAAAUGUACAAAUUUGAUAAACCCAAGUUUCAGCAUGCAUAGGUCAUUCUGUACUCAUCAAAAGCAAAACGAAAGUCAAAUUAAAUUGCCACCGUUAAUGUGGAAACCGAAAGAAGACCUAGGUUUGUCUAUUUUUCAGAUGUUUUGGUCAUAUUACCUUAUACGUUCAACUAUUGACAAAGAGUUUCGUUUUAAAGAAUUUAUGCAAGGAGUUCGUCAGGCAAUAGAAGUAAUAUCUAAUGCUUUAGUUGCUCAAAACUAUGAAGCAUUAGAUGGUAUAGUAACAGAAAAAGCUAUAGAAGUAUUAAAACGUAACGUUGAUGACCUUACACAAAACCAACGUGAUUUAAUAAGUAUAAAUGUUGAUAAUUUUAUAUUGGUACCAGAUCUUAUAAAAACAAAAAAGAUUGAAGAUAACAAUGAAACAAUUGUUGAAAUAGGAAUAAAUGGAUUUUAUAUGAAAUUUUAUGAAACUUCACAAUUUCAAAUUGUAUGUUGUAAUUAUAUAUUUCAAAGAACGUAUACAAAUAGUGAAGGAGGAGCAUGGAUAGCAAGACUAGUCAAUCAUACAACAGAUUAUACUCUAUAGGUUUCAACUGUUAUAUAAUUAAAUAAAAUUUUUACUUUAAA